UCCCACGGGCUCUUGAGCAGGCGCCAGUGCUGAGCUCAGAGUUUCCAUGCGGAGCAGCUCGUUCACACGCCAGAGGGCGAGAGAGCAUGGCCCUGGCCCCGAGGGUCUUCCAGAGCAGGGCUGUGGGACCACAGGGGUCCUAGAGAGCCACUACUACCUGCCCCACACUGGGACCCAUAUCUCCCACCCAGAGGUCCUGGCUAGAAGGUGGAAGGGCAGGAGCAGCCCCCUCCUCACAGAGGAAGGGUGACACUUGUCUCUGCAUGUCUCUCUGAAGAGGCUGUGCCAGCCUGCUGGACAUCACAGCUCCCCGGGGACCAGCUGGGGUGGAGCACAGCAAGAGGGAUGAGGCGGGGUACAGCUCCCAGCCAGGGUGGGUGGGACCACGGGACCCAGACACAGCUCAGAGCUGGUCACAUACCCGCAGCGCUGUGGCACAGAGCAGCCGAGUCCCCUGGAGAGCCAGCGACCACCGUGGGCAUCCUGCCCCUGCCCUGUAUUCACGGGGUGUAAUGGCACCAGGCAGAAGGGAUGCGUGCCGUGGGCGGGGGGCAGUGGGAACGUGUGCCACAGCCCAGGUUGCCCUCUGCAAGGCCACGGCCGGACACCGGCAGCUGGUGCUGCAGCUUGGGGGGAGCAGUGACAGCCCUCAGCUGCGUGAGGAGCGACGCAGGAGGAGCGCAGAGGCCUGUGAGCUCAGCAUGGGGCUGCGGCGGGUGCUGCUAGAGGGGCUGCGACAGGCCCCAGUGAGCCCCCCGGAGCAGCAGGAGCUGGAGCGGCUGGGGGUGCUCUUCCUCUCCGCCCUGGAGCUCUUCCUGCAGGACCUGUACAGAGCCCAGCACCUCUGCCAGCUCUUCUCUGUGAAAGGGGGUGGCAUUGCCCCACUGCACACUGGGCUGGGGGGCUGGGGGCUGCCCAGCCGGCGAGGAGGGGGUCCCACACAGCCCCCACCCUCCCAGUGCUUAGAGGAGGAGAUCGAGCAGGUGAGGGCCACACUGGCAGAGAUGGAGAGCGGAGCCAACAUUCCACCAUGGACAGUGGAAGCCACAGAGACCGCACAGCCAGCAGAGACAAGCGGCACCACAGAGAGAGCAGCCUGGGGAGGCCCCUGUGCUGGGCACUGCUGUGGGGUGCUGUGAGCUAGGGGG